GUUUAAACUCCCGAGGCGAGGCAUAAUCAUAUAUGAUCGCUUACGCUACCUACCCAAUUCUGAAACUCUCUCUCUAUCUUGUUCGUCGCUGUACCAGAUCGGAGAGAUGGGUGUCGAUUUGGAAUCUGUGUCGGAAGCAACCUCCGGAGCCAUUGGGUCGCUUCUGAGCACAACGAUCUUGUAUCCACUUGAUACAUGCAAAUCAAAGUUUCAAGCCGAGGUUCGAGCUCGAGGUCAGCAAAAAUACAGAUAUCUUUCAGAUGUUAUGUGGGAGGCAAUAUCUAAAGGACAAGUCUUUUCGCUGUAUCAAGGCCUUGGUACCAAGAAUUUUCAGUCUUUCAUUUCUCAGUUCAUCUACUUUUAUAGCUAUAGCUAUUUCAAGAGGGUUCAUAGUGAAAGGACUGGUUCUAAAUCAAUUGGAACCAAGGCGAACUUGCUCAUUGCUGCUGCUGCUGGGGCUUGUACUUCUCUCUUAAUUCAGCCUCUAGACACAGCUUCAUCAAGGAUGCAGACGAGUGAGUUUGGGGAAUCAAAAGGGUUGUGGAAGACCUUAACAGAGGGUACAUGGGGAGAUGCAUUUGAUGGCCUAGGGAUCUCUCUUUUAUUGACUUCUAAUCCUGCAAUUCAGUAUACAGUGUUCGAUCAGCUCAAACAGCACCUUCUUAAGCAGAAGAACGCAAAAGCCGAGAAUGGUUCUACUUCUUCUCCGGUAGUGCUCUCUGCCUUUAUGGCAUUUGUGUUAGGUGCGGUCUCCAAAAGUGUUGCCACCGUGCUCACAUAUCCAGCAAUCAGGUGCAAGGUGAUGAUUCAAGCUGCGGAUAACUCUCAGGAAAACGAAACUAAGAAGCCCAUAAGAAGAACAAGGAAAACAAUUUCAGGGGUUGUCUAUGAUAUAUGGAGAAAAGAAGGGAUGUUAGGGUUUUUUAAGGGCUUGCAGGCUCAGAUCCUGAAGACUGUCUUGAGCUCAGCAUUGCUAUUGAUGAUCAAGGAGAAAAUCACUGCAACGACAUGGAUUCUCAUUCUAGCUAUCCGUAGAAGUCUGUUUCUCACUAAAGGUAAAUUGAAAAGUCCUUGAGACUCUGCAAAAUCUGUUUGCCACCAACCACCAAAGCUUCUAGGCAAAGGAAGGACAAGCUUGCAAGUAUGUAUGAUUGGCACUGGGAAAGAUCUCGAUUUAUCACCUAUCAGUACAUGAAAAUAUUCUAAUACAAACAUUCUUUUUUUUUUUCUGGGAUGAAUAAAUGAAGCAAAGAAUUGGAAUAGUGAAGACUUGUAGUCUUUUGCUUCUUUGUAUUUAGAUGAUUGAAUGAUCCACAUGAGAUAUGAAGAUAUUGGUUGUAGCCGGAUUGUGUACUGAGAGCUUUGAUUAGUUUAAUGAUCAUUGUGAGAUA